AUGUCUUCUCCUAACGACAACGAGUUCGAAACUAGGGUGAAUAACAUCACGGACCUCCGAGAGUGUAUCUCAGGUUCGCGGGAACAGCUUGGCAUUGUAAGGACAGCCGCGGGCCGAGCCCUCUUGUUGCAACAGAGAGGAUUGGAGUUGAGCCGCGGGGUUACGCGCAACGAGAAUGAAAUUGCGGUAGAGCUCAGCGAAAACGAGCAGCUUGCCUACGACAUCCAUCAGGAUGUUGAGGAGGGACACAACAACCUUGAAGAGAUGGUUGCCGACUCCUCCCCGUCUGAUAGCCCUUCCCAAUCGACAGACAGAUCAGCGUCUCCGGACUCGAAUUAUGUUCCCGCUGCUGUUCCCGUUGCUGGUCCCCCUCCUGCUGACCCUCCUGCUGCCCCUCCUGCUGCCCCCAUUCCUGUUGCCCCAGCUAACAACCCUCCACGUCUCACUGCCAACCAACUCUGCGCCAAUGCUCCAGCCUUGGUCGCGACAAUUCCAGCCAAUCUCCAGAAUCGAGCUGUUCAAGAGUGUGCCAGGAUUGUGGCUACGUACGUUGCGCGAGCACAAGCUGCAGCUGCAGCGGCAGCAGCCUCGCCUACUGACGCGAAUCUCCGCACUGCGUCUGAAGUGGCGCACUCUAGGCUUCAGAAUGCUCGAAGGAGACAGGGGCUGUGGACUAGAGUAUGUGUUCACUGCCAUAUGGUUUCCAGCUAUAACGAAAAUACACGGCGUCAUUUGAGAGAAUAUCACUACAUGCGAGACCAUCGUUACAACCAUUUGAAUAGAGCUGAACGUAGAAAAGUUGCCCAGGCUGAGGCACCUUAA